GCACGUGAUAGGAACAUGGCAUCGCUAGUCUGUCGCUACUGGUACCAUGCUGAGGCGGAGACACGGCAAGAGCUCUUCAUCAGAAACUGUUAUGCUGUUUCUCCGAAUCGUGUCAUUGAGCGUUUUCGUGGCCUGCGCUCCAUCACUCUGAAGGGCAGGCCAUGCUUCGCAGACUCCACUUUAGUGCCCAAAGGCUGGGGUGCAUACGCAUCGCCCUGGGUGGCUGCUUUGGGUCCCGCAUACCCGCACCUUAAGUGCAUCUUCCUCAAGCGGAUGACGGUAUCAGACAAUGACCUCAGGCUCAUCGCGCAGUCAUUCCCUCAGUUAAGGGAGCUCUCACUGAUGAGCUGCGACAAGUUCAGUGCCACCGGCCUCGCCAUAAUUGCGGAGCAGUGCAGGCAUCUCCAUGUGCUUGAUCUGAUUAAUGAUAAAGUCGAGGACACAGUGGACAAGCAGGUGGACUGGAUCUCUAUGUUUCCCAAGCCCAGCACGUCGCUGGAGUCUCUUCUGUUCAGCUGUGUUGACACGCCCUGCAACUUUGAGUCACUGGAGGCCCUUGUCGCGCGCUCACCAGGUCUGUGCCAGCUGGGUGUGAAUCGCCAUGUGACGGUAGAGCAGCUGUGCUGCCUCAUGGCAAUCGCUCCCAAUCUAACGCACCUUGGCACGGGUGUGUUCCGGUCCAAGACUGGCUACCCUGCAGGUGAGGCCCCUCCAUCGGUGUCUGAACUUGCGACAUACUUCGCAGCAUGCAGGUCACUCCACUCUCUCUCAGGUCUCCAGGACGCCAAUCCAGAUUACCUCCCUGCGAUCUACCCGGUUUGUGCCAAUCUCACAUCCCUCAACAUCAGCUCUGCCACCUUAACAGGGCAACAGCUUGCUCCCAUCAUUCGCUCCUGUGGCAAUCUCCGGACAUUCUGUGUGCGCGACUCCAUAGGUGAUGAUGGCCUUUCUGCCAUCGCUGAGACGUGCUUAGAUCUCCAGGAUUUACGAGUGUAUCGUUUGCUUCGUGGGAGUGAGCAUCAUCUCUCAGUAUCAGAUGUUGGGCUUGAAACUAUCUCGAAAGGCUGCCAAAAGCUUAAAACCCUAACAUACUAUUGUGGAAGCAUGACAAAUGCAGCAAUGGUCAUUAUGUCCAGCAACUGCCCUAAUCUUGAGGUCUUUCGCCUCAGCAUUUUGAAAACUUAUCUCCCUGAUCGGAUCACCGGGGAGCCAAUGGAUGAAGGUUUUGGAGCAAUUGUGAUGAAUUGCAAGAAGCUUUCCAGGCUUUCGACCUCUGGUCUGGUCACGGACAAGGCCUUCGCGUACAUUGGGCAAUAUGGGAAAUCGAUCAAAACUCUGUCUGUUGCCUUCUCUGGCAAUACUGACAUGUCACUCAGAUAUGUGUUUGAAGGAUGCACUCGGUUGCAGAAGCUUGAGGUCAGGGAAUGUCCUUUUGGUGACGAGGGAUUGCUCUCUGGUUUAAGCCACUUUUGGAAUAUGAGAUUCUUGUGGAUGAGCUCUUGCAGAGUAACCAUGACAGGCUGUAGAUACGUAGCUCAGCAAAUGCCAAAUUUGGUGGCUGAAGUGAUUAGUGGCCAUUCUGGUAAUGAAGAUGUGACUGCCGAUAAUGUUGACCAUCUGUAUUUAUAUCGAUCUCUUGCAGGACCAAGGGACGACGCCCCUUCAUUUGUCAAAAUCUUGUAG